UUUUUUUUUUUUCAUUAUCUUAUUUUAUUUUGUUUUAUUUUAUUUUAUUUUUUUUUCCUUCUAAUUUACAUUUUUAAAAUGGAACCAUCAAUUAAUAAUCGAAGAAAAACAUUACCUGUUGUUAAAGUUGAACACGAUCUUGUCGAAGAAAAUUUACCAAAGCAUGUGUUACCUAUCUUAUCAGCACCACAUCAAAGUCCACCACCUUCAAUACAACUACAACAAGAGGAAAGUCUCAUAUCGACUACGCCCAACGACCCUCAUCCAACAGCGAUACAGAAUUGGUUAAAAUUAAACGCAGAAGACUCUGUUAGAGAAAAUAUAAGAGCUCGUUAUUCAAUAGGCUUAGAUGUGCCCGGUGCAGUUCAUACGAUUACAACACCAAAACUUAAGACUGUACGUCAAUUGGAUAGUAAAUUAGUCGUUAUCAUGGUUGGAUUACCUGCCCGAGGAAAAAGUUAUUUAGUAAAAAAAUUAAGACGAUAUUUAAAUUGGUUACAAUACGAGACAAAAGUAUUUAAUGUAGGCAAUAUGAGACGUGUUUGUGAAGCUUCUUCUACUCAUGAUCAAUCAGCCAAUUUUUUUGACCCAAAUAAUCAAGAUACAACUCGUAUUCGUGACGAAAUUGCUUUAAGUGUAUUAGAACAAUUAAUUGAUUGGCUAAAGGAAGGUGGAAGAGUAGCGAUACAUGAUGCAACAAAUUCAACUCUUGCUAGAAGACAGUUAUUGAUUAAUCGACUUUCAAAAGAACCGGAAGUAAGAAUUUUAUUAAUCGAGUCAGUGUGUACAGAUCAAGAGAUGUUAGAACGUAACUUUCGAUUAAAAUUAUCAGGUCCAGAUUAUAAAAAUAAGGAUCCCGUUCAAUCAUUAGCAGAUUUUAGGGCACGUGUCGCUAAUUAUGAAAAAGCUUAUCAACCUAUUGGUGAAUGGGAAGAAGAAAAUGAUAUUCAAUUUUGUAAACUUAUUAAUGUUGGUAAAAAAGUAAUUGCAUACAACAUAUCAGGAUAUCUAUCAGGUCAAUGUAUCUUUUAUCUUAUGAAUUUUAAUCUUGUGGAACGUCAAAUUUUUGUUACUCGACAUGGUGAAAGUGAAGAUAAUAUUACAGGUAGAAUUGGUGGAGAUGCUCCCUUAUCAGAGACAGGACGUAAAUUUUCAAAAGCACUUGCUCGAUUUAUUCAACAACAACGAAUGAAAUUUGCUUGUGAAAUGGCUUCAAAGGCAACUGAAUUAGAGCCACCAGAGAAUCGAACAGCUGCAAGUGCAUUAGAAAAGACAGUUCAAUAUUGUAAUUCACCUUUUACAGUUUGGACAAGUAUGCUUAAACGUUCUAUGGGAACUGCUGAGUUUUUUGAUCCAGAUGAUUAUGAUAUUAAACAUAUUCGAUUCUUAAAUGAAAUUAACUCUGGUAUUUGUGAAGGCAUGACAUAUCAAGAAAUUCAAGAAAAAUAUCCAUCCGAAUACAAGUCGAGACAAGCUAAUAAGUUAUUCUACAGAUAUCCUGGUAUAAGUGGUGAAUCCUACAUUGAUGUGAUUCAUCGUCUUCAACCCAUGAUUGUUGAAAUGGAAAGAAUGACUCAAUCAUGUUUGAUUAUUACACAUAGAGUCGUUAUGCGUAUUCUUUUAGGUUAUCUGUUAGAUUGGACGAGAGAAGAGAUGCCACAUAUGAUGGUUCCAAUUCAUACUGUUUAUGAACUUCGACCUAAGCCAUAUGGUACAGAAUUAAAGAAAUGGCAAUACAUUGAGGAAACGGAUUCCUUUAUAGAAUUUUAGUAAUUAUGAUAUACACACAUUACAUAUCUCUCUAUCUUGUAACACCUGUCAAAUAUAUACAUAUACAUAUAUAAAUAUCUAUAUUUUUUUUUUUUUUGGUUGUUUAUGCAUGAAUGUAAUACAAC